CCUCCAUUCAUCUAAACAGCAACCCAAUGGUCUGUCACCACCCACCGCGGGCAAUGAGCGCUGAGCGCUGAAGUUCUGAGUCCAUGUACCAAGUAUCCUCCUCCAGACCACCACAUCAAGAAACUCGAAGCAAACGAAUCAUCCCCCAGAGUCUUGACAUUUGAGAACGUCUGAUUUCAUAGAAGCGUCUCAAAUCCUCAAUUUGGCAGAAGUGUGGGAUACUUGCCGCCGUCGUUACUCAGCCAAUACCUCGGAUUCUGGUUUUUUUCUUCUCACUUCAGUCUCUCACUGAACCCCUCACACUCACUUUGACCAUGGCUGAGAUCCAGGCGAAGCUGCAAAAGCUGUCGGAAGAGUACACCGCGCUGCAACAAGAACUUCAAAACACCGUCCAGUCGCGGCAAAAACUCGAGGCCCAGAAGCAGGAGAACCUUGGAGUGAAGGAGGAGUUCGACAAGCUCAAGGAUGGCGAGCAGAUUUACAAGCUCGUCGGCCCCGUGCUGCUGAAGCAGGACAAGGUGGAGGCUGAGAGCACGGUGAACGGCCGUCUGGACUUCAUCACCAAGGAGAUUGAGAGACACGAGGACCUCAUCAAGGAAGGCCAGGGUAAGCUCGAAAGGAAGAAGGGGGACAUCAUCCAGCUCCAGACCAGCGCACAGGCUGCGGCGGGCCAGGCCAAGAAGGCAUGAUCUCCGCGACGAUGAUGAAUGCGACUAAGGCGACGGGGAAGACACAAAAAGGAACAAGAAUGAGGUCUGGCAAGAGUGGUGAUACAAAAAACGAAACCACUAGGACUAUGAAUUAUACCCAGCAAUGCUUCGACGAGACUCCUUUCAAAAACGCCAUGCUGAUGCGCCCCGUUUCCCGAUGGUGAACUGCCGUCGCUCACCACCACACACCGAAUUACCCAGUUUCAUUACGAAGGUCAUGACAUGAUACGCAUUCGGCAUCCCCUCUUAGUUGAGAGCCAUGAUGGAGAAACCCCAGGGCAGGCCCAUAUUCCGCGCGGGCAGCUCCGUCGCCCAGCCAAUGGCGUUCUGGUACUCGUCCUCGGACGCGAACUCGGCGCCGUUGACUUUCCCCUCGACGGCGGCGGCGAUGAGGUCCGCGAUCUGGCUCUUGGUGUAGCAGCGGCCGAACAGGCGGCUCUCGGCGAUGGUGCGGACCAUGGCCGAGCGCAGCUCGCACCCAGCGAAGCGGUGGACC